GCUGGGGACAGCCUGGAGCAGGACCUCUUCGAGCACCACCUGGCCCUCGCGCUGCUCGGCCGGCCGCUCGCCUCCGACCAGCUGUACACCCGGGCCGCGCGGCUGCGGACGCUCUGUGGUGCGGCAGGCUCUUCCUGCACUGCCGGCGCGUGGCGCUGCGGGACGCCGCGGGCGCGCCCUUCGCGGCCGAGGCGCCGCUGCCGCCGGACCUCGCCGCGGCGCUCGGGAGGCUGCGGCGGCUGCCCGGGGAAGGGGCAGAAAAGCGCCGUGUGCCGAGCAGGUCGGCCGCGCGUGAGAGUGACCCCUCGCCGCAGUGACCUCUGGUGCGGGCCCACAGGGUCUCCUCCGCAUGGGCCUGCGCGCUCGGGUUUUGCCCACCCCCCGCGGUCCCCUCGAGCCCCGCACAGAGGGUCAUUCUUGCCCAGGGCCACGUUUGCCCAGGGUCGUGACCUGUCCAGCAGUCUAGGCCUCCCAGACGGGUUCUGGGCAGACGGG